AUGGCGGCAUUGGGGCUUCUUGGUCUGGCUCUGGCUAUUAUCGGUUGCUUUGGUGACGUUAUCAUCUGUGCACUGCCAAUGUGGAAAGUUACUGCGUUCAUUGGGCAAAACAUCGUAACUGCCCAGAUCUACUGGGAAGGUUUGUGGAUGAACUGUGUGAUACAAAGCACUGGUGAGAUGCAGUGCAAGGUCUACGAUUCUAUGCUGGCCCUUCCACAGGAUCUACAGGCCGCACGCGCGCUUGUGGUCAUCUCCAUUCUCGUCUCCCUACUUGGAUUUAUGCUCGCAAUUGUGGGUGGAAAGUGUACCAACUGCCUUGAAGAUGAUGUGGCUAAAGCUAAGGUUUCUGUGACCGCCGGCGUGUUAUUUCUGAUCGGAGGCGUCCUCUGUCUGAUUCCGGUGUCUUGGUCUGCGAAUUCAGUGAUACGUGACUUCUACAACCCCCAGGUUGCGGACGCGCAAAGACGUGAAUUGGGAGCAUCGCUUUUUAUCGGAUGGGGUUCCGCUGGCUUGCUACUGAUCGGCGGCGCUCUUCUGUGUUGCCAGUGCCCCAAAAGUGAAUAUCGUGGUUAUUCUGCCAAGUACUCUGCGCCACGAACCGCUACCCAGAGCGGUGGCGCCUAUGUGUAGCGCCUAGGGGUUCCAUGUCUUGAAGUGUAAGGGGUCUGGAUUUCCUCCAUUCGGAGGUGGUACCAAGAGACUGACU